AGAUUAUGGUGACAAACGAAGAUUUGGCAAACAUCAUUGGGAGAUUGUCAUUGAGGGAAGGCGAAAGCACCAGAUACUCCACUAGUUCUUUGAAUACCACUCGGAUUGAUCCGUUCCUGACGGUUGUUGCAAAACUCCACUGUCCAAGAAUUGUUUCGCACGACUCCAUUGCCUCUCACUGUCGCAAUAUUUGGUCUGUGAGGCGUGGAUUUGCAGUAAGGCCUUUGGGUGAGAAUGUGGUUCAUAUUAAAUUCAAUGAUCACAUAGAUUGGGCUAGGGUUUUGCAUGGUGAGCCUUGGUUGCUUGAUAGGAAGUAUCCUUUGGUCUUAAAGCCUUAUGAUGAUCUUAAUGUGGAUUUUGAGUCAUGCCCUUGGUGA